AUGCCACUUUGGAUUCAGAAUGCUCCGUGCAGGUCGCUGAAUGUCACUUCACAUCCACGCCAAGACGAAAUCAUGAAGGCACAUGCAUUGCAUAUCCGCCCGCCCGCAUCUGCGGGGAUACAGUCGGACAAAGCAUGUUCAGGCAAGGAAUCCAUGCUAUGGACCAGCUUCUACCUUGCAUCCCGUUCUAGCCUAAAUUCACCUAUCCGCAAUCAUUCCAGUCCGACCGAUUCUUGCAAACUCCUGUCGUCACUCGAACCUUCCGCCAUGGCUCUCGUACAUGUGAAGAAUUUCUCAUUCUGCCAUUGUAUCUAUUGUCACAAUACGCUGGCGAUUCUCGAGCAUCCCAAGUUUACUCAACCGUGCCCCAUCAGCAUCUGGACGACAUCUCAUCUCUAUCUCACGGCAUGCGUCUCCUGUUGUCUAUCGAACAAGGCUGCGAGAUACGUUCACGGCAUGCUAGUCGAAGCGUCGCCCCACACCAAAUUGCUGCAGGACCUAUCCAAAAGCUCAAAUUCGGCCGUUCAGGUCUGGCGACGAGGAACAGAGAUCAUUUGUUCGGAUUAUCGUUUCAUCGUUGCGAAGCUAGGUACUUGGGACGAGCUCAAUUGGGCGUUCGAGCCGGCACCAACAAUGUCGAUGUGGCAAUUUCUACCUAUCAGAUCUUACCGCUACAUACGCCCAGACGACGACCUCAGCUCUUUCAAUGUAGAUACCGAGACGGAGCAUUGCCAAGAUUUAGAGAGGUCAAAAUCACAUCAUCAAGAUAUCUGCACGACCACAGAUAGCACAGGUGAGAUGAGGUUCGCUGAGGAGAUGCAGAGCUUCGGGGCCAGCUCCAACUGGUGUUGGUCGGAAAGGCUGGACAGUCCGUCGCAGCAGAGAACAUGUUCGAUGGACGAGCUGAGACGCCCGUCGUUGGCAGAGAAGAAAAGUGCAACCCGCAAGAAGGAUUUGGCGACUGUCGCCCAUCAAUUCUAUAGUUUUCCCGAGUCCUGUCCAUGUAUCUGUUUCAGAAGCCGCGUCAUAGCCAGCGGUGCAUUGACGGUUAUGGUUGAUGUGAUGGUCGAUGUGAUAUGUAUUGUCGAGGUCGUACUGUCUUCUUUGCUUGCAUCAUCGGAAGGGGAAUUCUUCUCCCGGCAAACUACAGAAGAACCACUCUGGUGCGGUAGUGGUCACGAGAAGCUCUAUAAAUCGCAGGCUGGAGCCUUCCGAGAGGACGGCAUGGCUCCUCCCAUGAAGCCUGACUUCAAGACGAUGAGGAUGAAACGCGCAGUCGCUAAGCUCCAGGCUUCUGAGAAUCUUUGGUGGCUAGUGAACGAUUCACUUCGAAACUUCGUGAUGGGUCAAAUGCUGACACUUCUAUUGAUGCAACUGAGCCAGCAGAAGCAGAAGAGACUGGCCGCAUCCAUUUGGAGGCUUUCAGGCAAAUAUCCACCAAACUGCCCACAAUUCGACGGUUCCUCCACUGAGUCCAUGUCGCUAUGCGACUACUUUCUUCCAGCACACUCACUAUGGCGAGCGAAGACAACAGAAAGCUCAAUCUUCCAGACAGGCCACAUCAGUCACCAGAGGACUGUCAAAGAAAUUGGGCUUCAGAAUAGUCCUUACCCUGAGAGAUGGAAUGAAACAAGCUCAGGCGAGCACCGUGACCAACCCCAAGACGAUGAUUUGGGCUGA